UCAUACAUUGCGCACGUACAUUUCAUGGCGGUGGUAUCGUGUCGUAGUCCGUCAGUCAAAGUACUGUCCUCUGUGGUUUUUCAAGAAAAAUUCAGCAUUUAGUGAUCAGUCGUGUUUUACCCUUUCGUUUUACAUUCGACUAACAAGUCGAAGUUAAUUUUCGACAAACCUGUUCUAUCAAAUCGCCAAGACGAAGCUUAAAAUGCCAUUGGGCAAUCACGCUGCCCUUACACCCCUGGAGGACAUGUCAGCUGGUCGAGGACAAGCAGGUGGGGGGCCUCCUCCAAGUUGUCAGAAAAUUUUUAUACAACGUGACUAUAGUGAAGGCACUGUUGUUAAGUUUCAAACGCAAUUUCCUCCGGAAUUGGAGAGCAGACUGGACAGACAGUCGUUCGAGUAUACAAUCAAUCAGUUGAACAACUACUUCGCAGAAGCUGAACGUGCCAGUUGUUCUACAUACUGCGAAGGUUGCCUGGCAUGCCUCACUGGUUAUCUAAUUUAUAUAUGCACAGAGACUCAUUAUGAAAAGUGUUUAAGAAAAGUGGCAAAGUUUGUUUGUGAACAAAAUGACAGAGUCUAUAAACCACGUGGUCUGUUAUUAACGGAUCCAGCAAUGCGUGGUCUUAGGCUAAUAGAAAUUUCAAUACUGGAUAGACCUGCAUCGUGACUGCACAUUAGCCGAUCCAGGGAAUUCUUUAUGUGAUCCACGCACUUCUGCCACUUUGCUAGGAUUGCAAAACCUAUAUGAGCUGAUGAGUGUCUCUGGACAUAAAUUUCGUUCAAUCUCUGAUCCUAUUUUACAAUUUAGUUUGUGUAAUGUGAAUUUUAUAGAGAUUCACAGAGUAAAACAAGAAAACAGUUUAUAUUUACAGUGAAUAGCUGUGUAAACAUACAUGCAAUGGUCACUUUAUUAAAUAUUAAGAAUAAAAAUUGACUUAUUUGAUAUAAUAUAUUUGGAAAAAAGGAUCAGCGAAUUUUCUUCUUAACAAUCUUUUCUAUUCCAUAUGGUGGAAUUGUCAAAAAUUUCAUUUACAAUUUUUAACCGUGAAAUAACGAUAUAUCUAUAUAUAUAUAUAAAAAAAAAAAAAGUACACUUUCACAAAAUUUACCUGCAAAUAAGAACACGAUUAUUCUUUCUUUGCAUGUAUGUUUUUUAUAAUCAAUUAAAACUAUAUUGUCUAUUGUAUCUAUAUUGUCCACGUACUGAAUUCGGACAAAUCGUGGACGCGUACCAACGCCAUGUUUUAUAUAAGUUCAAUUUUCUAAUGCAUAUAAGUAUACCAGUGUAAACGAUCGAUAAGAAGAAUUUGAGUGUGUAUUUAUCGAGAACAGCUAACACGUUUUAUCCAUUAAAAAUGGAAAUUAGAAUCUUUAUAUAUAUAUAUAUACAUAUAUAUAUAUCUUAUACACACUUAGAUUCUUUUGUACAUCGAGUAAACGUUUAAAAAAGUUUUUUACCGUUCGUUUAAAGACUUUAUCGUCAUCUGCAUUUAAUAGACGACACAUGUGAGUCAAAUUGGAGUUCCAUUUCCGAUUGGAUAUUAUCGGAAUUUUUAAUUUGGUCUCGAAUUUGAUUCAUCAUCAUCGUCAAGUACUGAAAAAACAUUUAUUCGCGUCAGUAUAUAAGUUUUCGAACGCUUCGUUGAACUUCGUUAAGCUUAAACUACUCUAUUCUCCGCGUUGUAUCUUCCACGAUGCUUCUGUUCCACAACCAUAUCUCACGAAUUUGAUUCAUAUUAUACCUAUGAAUACACACAUCGUCACGAUCCCCAGGGAGAGAUUUACUUGCCGUGAACACCUCCAUUGGAACAAUUGAAUCGAAUCGAGUUAAAUGGAAAUUGUACUGGCACAAAGUAUUUACGUUUGAGAAAUCUCCGUUGGAUUGGCUGAAGGAAAGAAAUUAUACAAAGAAAAGAAAAAAAAAAACGGAAAGAAAAGGAAAAGAGAGGAAGAGAGAGAGAGAGAGAAAAAAGAGGAUAAAGAAGAGAAAUGUAAGGAUUUAAAGAAUUUAUUAUGAAGAGGUGAUUAUUAAAAAUGUAGAUUAUAUUGUAUUAAUGAAUCAAUGUGACGGUGCGAGAGCAUUGUGAUCAAGGAUGAAACAUGCGUGUUCAUGCACCUUUUCGAUGUACAUAGGUGCUAGUUUUGUACAUAAUUAUAUUGUAUAUCGUAUGCGUGAUCCUUUUUUUUUUAUUUUAUAUUUUUCUACCAACCGCGCGAGACUUAAGGAAUUUUCUUCUCAAAUAUAUAUACAUAUAUAUAUAUAUUCUUUGCAAUCCGUGUGCUUGAUUUUUCUCUCAUGGAUCAUUUUCCAUUUGUAUAUUCGUUUUAAGGGAAACGAUAUUUGAUCUCAAUCGACAAGCCACGAAAAACUUUUCUUCUCUAUGACGUUGAAUGAUAUCUUUCUUUCUCUUUUCUUUUCUUUUCUUUUCUUUUCUUUUCUUUUCUUUUUUUCAACAAUGCUGUGUGAAUGCCAAGAUAUAUAUUUAUCCGCGUGACAAAGAGAGGAAAGAUUCAUUUUUUUUACUAAGAUAAUUCGGUUUUUUCCUUGAUCACGAUGAUCAUAAAUGGAGCCUGCUCUACAUUAUUGUAAUGACAAAAUAAAAGAGUCUUGCCAAAUAGCCGCGCCACUGCCUCGACGAUUUACUUUUGUUUUUAUUUAAGAAUGAACGAAUGAAGAAAAUUGAAAAUUUCAAUUAUCACGUAUUUAUCACGUAUUUUCCUCUCUUGAAAAAAAUAAAGAAGAAGAAGAAAAAAAGAUAAUUGUCGAACAGUGUCGUAGUGUGUCAGGCUCCUCUUUCUUUCUUUUUUUCUUAUGCAAUCGAAUAUUGCAUAAUGUUGUAAAUAGAGAAUUAAUCGUCAACACACGAGAAAGAAUAACGAAAGAAGGACGAAGGGGGGAAGGGAGGAUGAGAAAAAACCGUUUGUUAUACUUAAUUUAAUUGUAGGACCAAAUUUGAUGAUUCGUUAUACUGUGUAAAGGACACCGUCGUUCGAGUGUAAUUUCUAAAUGUUUUAAUAAUAAAAAGCUGCGUAAAAAAUCACGGAGCUUAAAGGACUACUCUUCGAAAUUGAAUAAAGGUGAUUUUAAUCUAAUUUUAUGCCGUUGUGGGCCACCAGUGAUGAUGUAUAAUUGAGAAUAAGAUUUUUCCAACCGCUGUUGGCCCACAAUAAUCUUGAAUUAUGAAGAUGAAGAUGUUCUUUUGUGAAUCAUUGAUGAUCUGUUACAAUUCCAGUCUUCGAAGAACUGAAAACUUUCUUCAUGGAUCAUUAGUGAACAAAAAAAAAAAAAAGAAUGCAAAUUUUUUCAUGGAUAAUCCAUGAUACAUAAAAUUCAUCGAAGGGAAAUGAAAAUUUCGUCUGUGGAUCGACUAGUGAAACUUCGUUUAUGAAAUGAAAAUGAACAUUUUUUUUUGCGAGUGUUAUUGACGAUCUAUGAUAGUCGGCGAAGAUUAAGAGAAUGCAAAUUGAAAUUGAAAAAAAAUAGAGAAAAAAAGUGAAAUUUUCAUUCAUCAGAAAGUGUGAAUGUUAAGUAUGAAUGAAUUAUAAAUUUAAUAAUACUCCUAUUUUAUUAGAAUUUAA